AUGUCUAAGAGAGGUCGUGGCGGUGCCGCCGGCAACAAGCUGAAGAUGACACUCGGUCUGCCCUGUGGCGCCGUGCUGAACUGCUGCGAUAACUCCGGUGCUCGCAACCUGUACAUCAUCUCCGUCAAGGGUAUCGGUGCCCGCCUGAACCGUCUCCCCGCUGCCGGUGUCGGAGACAUGGUCAUGGCCACCGUCAAGAAGGGAAAGCCCGAGCUCCGCAAGAAGGUUAUGCCCGCUGUCGUUGUCCGCCAGAGCAAGCCCUGGCGCCGCCCCGACGGUAUCUACCUGUACUUCGAGGACAACGCAGGUGUUAUCGUCAACGCCAAGGGUGAGAUGAAGGGUUCCGCCAUCACUGGUCCCGUCGGAAAGGAGGCUGCUGAGCUUUGGCCCCGUAUUGCCUCCAACUCCGGUGUCGUCAUGUAA